AUGUCGGCCGUUCUGAACAAUAUAUCGCAAACGGAAGAGCAAAUAGGAAAUAUUGGAAUUACCAAAGUUCACCUCUCUCCUGACUGCACCCAUGCCCGAAUCAGCGUACACAUAGACGGGGAUCAUAAUAGCGUACAAAGAAGUUUGGCUUGGCUUGGUAGACACUCAAAAACCUUGCGCUUCCAAAUGGGCACCAAACUCAACCAUCGCAAACGGGUACCGGUAAUCCAAUUUGUACACGACAAGACAACUGGAUUCAACUUAUUCGACAUUCGUGACAUGAUCAAGGAAGCAACUCAAAAUGAACUAAAUAAUGCUAAUCCAAAAUCUGAUAGUGUACAAGAAAACCCUAUCGACUUUGAUGAAGCGACCAAUAUCGCAACUGAUACCAAUGGAGAUAAUUCAAAUUACCCACAUGAUGAAAAUGAAAAUGGUGAAACAGGUAAGAUGGAUAUUGAUUAUCCGGAUUUAGAAGAUGAAGAUGAUAAAAUGGAUAAUAUGGUCAAUGAUGAGCAACUGGAGGAAUUCCUUUCAGACUUUGACGAGAAACAUGUUAAAGCCGUGCUCGACUCACUAAAAGAUAUAUAA